GGCGGAGACCCAACGAAAUUUUUGAAUCAUCAUCAAACUGCUGAUGAAAGGCAAUUCCCGGACGAAAAUCAUCACAUUUAUCCUUCUAAUGCCAUGUGCAUGAUAAAAUUUCGUCAUGAUAAUCUCCAAAUAAUUCUCUAUCUCUAGACGUACUUUUUACCCCAUCAAAUGUACAUUUCAUUGAGAUCCGCGUCUUUUCCUUCUCCUACCACCCCUGGACAGCUAUGACGGCUACCGCGUCGCCCAAAUCUGCGCCUUCACACGACACUGCAAAUCCCGCCGACUCAAAUCUUACAAACGACGAAACAUCCCAACUAUCUUCCGAAGAUUCCCCCAUAUCAUUAGAUAGCCCAUCUUGUCCUGAAAUAAAAGAAGAAAAUACCAAUACCGACCAAUUGUCCUCAACAAAGCCUGAGACUAAUGGUACCAACACGAGCAAAUCAAUCGUGGAAACCCCCAUAAAAAAUGGUGAUACCGAUGAAAGACCUGCCAAACGCCGUCGAACCCGCGAAACUACCCCAAAUAAUGCAAACCGCCGUCCCAAACCCGAAUCUCCCCCUUGGAAGAAAAUAGAGGCUGAAGGUCCUACGUCUUUCACAGAAAAUGGCAAACGUAGGUCAGGGCGCACCAACCAGGUGCCCUUGGAGUUACAGCCGCAAGGCAACAAGAGGAUGACAAGAGGUGCUCUUCAUGGCCUGCAUCCCCCUACUCCCGUUAAAGAAAAGCGACCUGCCGCCAAUAACCACGUCAAUGGAACACAAAAACACGUGUCGUCGGCGAAGUCAUCUUUCUCUAAAGCUUCUACGCCUAGUGCCAAGCCUGCCACUAGGAAAUCUUUGACUAAUGGCUCUGCUACCAAGUCUUCGUCACGGACUCGAAAACGCUCACCUACUCCUCCAACCCCUCAGACAAUCUCCCCACCCAGACGAUCUGCAAGGACACGACGUAGCUCUAGAAAUCUUCGCGAUGGCGUCGACACUCCCACCCAUGAUUCCAACCAACCUCCGAUCGAAAGCCCAAAUUUACGACCGACUAAGAUCAAAUUGCGGGUGAGAGGUCCCACCAUUCCUACAGUCCAUCCAGCCCAGAUCAAUGUUUUCCCGGGACAGACUAUCGCACGUGCCAAGAUAUCAUCGGAUUUCCGCGAAUUCGUCGAACGCGCCCCCACCAUAAAGGUCAACGAUGGUGGCUGGCUUGACCUUGCUGAUGAAGGAGAACCAUAUACGCAAGAGGCUGCUGAAAAAGAUGCCAAUGUUAUCAUGCGGAUUGAGGCUGAGGUCGAGCCUGGUGGCCUUCUCAGCGAGGAGCGAUCUACACUUUACGUCCCGGAACCAGUUGAGGAACCUCCACGGCAGUGGGCACAUAUGGAUCAUCUCGUGAAGCAGAUGGCAAACUUCCGAAAAUUAAUGUUGAUGGAGCAGCAAAGGCAUAAGGCUACAGCAAAGCGAUUAGCCGAAGCCUGUCGGGACGAAUGGAUACGACGACAACCCAAGUCGGCAGAGCAAAUCGAGGCCGAGGCUAGGUCCGCAUGGAUUGGCCGUUAUAGAACCGUUAUCAAGGCUGUCAGUGGGACCUGGGAAAAUGUCAAGACCGAGGUGAAUCGUCGCCGUUUGGAAGAAUGGGAGGCUGCCGAACAAAAACGUGUCAAGGCUGCUUUGAACGAAGCUGUGAAUAUGUCGGAGCUAAAGCUACAAGCUCGCAGAGCCCAUUUCGAUUCCGAACUCGCAUCCGAGGAAGAGGACGAUGAAUUGGACGCAACAGACGAAGAGGCCGAAGAUGAUGAUGACUUGAUUUCCGACGAAGACCCUGCUUCAGACGAAGGCUCUGAUCAAAACGAGAACGAAGAUAAUAUGUCGUCAUCCGAUGAUGACGACGAUGCGAAAUCAAACGUUUCGGACGAAGCCCUUACACAAGAUCAAUUAAGACAGAAAUAUGCGAAUAUUCCAGAUCUACCCGUGGAAGAGUCGAAAGCCGAUCUCGACAACGAUAAUGACCCUACGAUAAUGCCUACAGACGACCAGGGUGAAACUACCGAUGAGUCCAUCGAUAUGGAUGAUGAUCUGGGAUCAAGCGAUGAAGAUAUGGAAAGUGGCGAGGACGACGACCAGUCCGAUAAUGAAGAGGAGGAUUCGGAAGAUGACGAGCAGCCUUCUGGCCUUCUUGGUCUUUUCUUCGGUAAAUCCGAACUCAAAAAGAUGAAGCAAGAAACGGCUGUCAAUGGGGAAUCAUCCGAACAGGAUGUUGAAAUGACAGACUUGCCAGAAACCCCAUCCAUUAAUGGGGCAAUCCCAUCCGAUACUACCGCUAUUGAGAAAGCCGUUCAAAACGGUAUAACAUCGGGGAAUGCGGAUUUAGAAGACGGGACGUUGAAGGAAGCAGAUAAUUCAGUUAAAUCGUCUGCUCCCACCAAGCAAGAUACAGCACUUGAGAAAUUACCGAAUGCUAUAUCAAAAUCCGCUGCGCUACCAGAAAACCCACUGGACGCUAACGAUCCUGACGUCCCCGCUGCUAUCCCUGGACCCCUACAGGCCGAAGAUGUUGAAAUGCAGAUUGUUGACGCUGUUGAACAAGUCAAAGAAGAUGCUAAAACAACAGCGUCAAUAAAAUCCAAUAAGCAACCUACGUCCACAAUACCAAGUGUUGAAGUCGCAGCUGCGCCAUCAGACCAACCACAACCAACCCCGGAUACAGACGCAAAUACAAAUCCUCCUAGUCGUGAUCGGAGCCAGUCACCCCAAACGUCCGACACUAAGCCUUCAGAAGUUGAUACGGCUUCAUCUAUUGUCAAGUCUGGUGCAAGUAGGUCUAGUUCUCCUCAGUACCAAAUACCUAGGACAGAGGUUCCCUUUUUACUCCGAGGAACAUUACGUGAGUACCAACAUUACGGAUUGGAUUGGCUUGCCGGUUUAUACAGAAAUCAGACCAAUGGCAUUCUCGCAGAUGAGAUGGGUCUUGGAAAGACUAUCCAAACCAUUGCCUUAUUGGCUCAUCUAGCUUGUCACCAUGAAGUAUGGGGACCUCAUCUAGUCAUCGUCCCAACCAGCGUCAUGUUGAAUUGGGAGAUGGAAUUCAAGAAGUGGUGUCCUGGAUUCAAGGUCUUGUCCUAUUAUGGUAGUAUUGACGAGCGCAAACGAAAACGCCAGGGGUGGAAGACCGACGACAUGUGGAAUGUGUGCAUCACAUCGUAUCAGAUUGUUCUGCAAGAUCAACAGGUCUUCAAGCGAAGGCAAUGGCAUUACAUGAUCCUGGAUGAAGCCCAUAACAUCAAGAAUUUCAAGUCUAAACGAUGGCAAACAUUACUCACAUUCAAUACGCGAGCGCGACUCUUACUUACAGGCACGCCGCUACAAAACAAUUUAACCGAAUUGUGGUCGCUACUAUUCUUCUUAAUGCCCUCCGAAAAUGGAGUUGGCGGAUUUGCAGAUUUAGCGGAAUUCCAAGAUUGGUUCCACAAGCCUGAAUCCCAGAUCUUGGAAAGUGGCCGAGAGCAAAUGGACGACGAAGCCCGCGCGAUCAUUGCCAAGUUACACAAGGUGCUCAGACCAUAUUUAUUGCGACGCUUAAAGGCCGAUGUUGAAAAACAAAUGCCAGCCAAGUACGAGCACGUCGAAUUCUGUCGAUUGUCGCGCAGACAGCGUGAAUUAUACGAUGGGUUCCUCGCUCGUACGGACACGAGAGAAGCUCUGUCUUCUGGGAAUUAUAUAUCCGUCAUCAAUUGUCUAAUGCAAUUGCGCAAGGUCUGCAAUCAUCCCGAUCUCUUCGUUGAGCGUCCAAUCAUGACAUCUUUCCGGCAACGCAGAUCAGUCCUUGCGGGGUUCGAAGCCACCGAAAGUCUUGUUAGAGGCAAGUUACUUGCUGAAAGGCCUAUGAGCGUUGUCAGCAUGGGUUUCCUAAACUUCAUCCCUACGCAACACGAGAGCUUGUCAAAAACGCAGUGCGAAACAGUCUACCACCUAAGUUCCCAUCGCCCAUUAAUGGAACUUCGUGAAGCCCAAAAGGAGCGGGCCCAAGCUGCCUACGUUAAUUUGGAUCCUACGACAGUAGAAUCCAAUAUCGUAUACCUAGAAAGCGCGUCGCGAUGGAGUCGCUUUGAGGAGUUGCAGCAUUGUGUUUACUUGAACGCACUUCGGCGACAGCAAUGUCCAAUCUACGGGAAACAACUCACAGAUUUCCUCACUCUCGGCGUAAAUAACCGCCCGCAUAAACCCCGUCCGAAGAUUCCGCAAAAGAUCAUGAGCUGGUUUGAAGAAGAUUCUCCGGUCUUAAGAUCGAUGGUGCCGACACUUGACGAACGUGCUGCGUCCAUGAAAACCACCAUUUCCAAGUUUGCGUGUGUCACUCCUGCCGUUGUCACCCGAGACGUCGAUCGCUUCGUUCUAGGAUCAAAAGGUGUCGAAGUGUUCGACGAAACGAAUCUCAAGUUAUCGGCUCCAGUCCGCUAUGCUCCAUUCAUACAAAAGGAAGCGCCGCUCGAUCCAUGGCAUGAAGCCCGUAUGAGACUUAGCAUUCAAUUCCCCGACAAGAGACUUCUCCAGUACGAUUGUGGCAAACUUCAAGCGCUCGAUCGUCUUUUGCGCAAGCUACAGUCCGGCGGUCAUCGUGCUUUAAUCUUUACGCAAAUGACAAAGGUUCUCGAUAUCCUAGAACAAUUCCUCAACAUCCAUGGGCACAAAUAUUUGCGACUCGAUGGCGCUACGAAGGUAGAACAACGACAGAUUCUAACGGAUCGCUUCAACCAUGAUACAAGGAUUCUUUGCUUCAUUCUAUCUACACGUUCCGGUGGUCUUGGUAUCAACUUAACAGGAGCCGACACUGUCAUCUUCUACGAUCAAGACUGGAAUCCAGCAAUGGACAAGCAAUGCCAAGAUCGAUGUCAUCGUAUCGGCCAAACGCGAGACGUCCACAUUUACCGACUUGUUAGCGAGCACACGAUCGAAGCAAACAUAUUACGUAAAGCCAGUCAGAAGCAAAUGUUAGAUGAUGUUGUCAUUCAAGAAGGUGGUUUUACGACCGACUACUUCAACAAGCUUUCUGUGCGUGACGUUAUUGGCGGCACCCCAGCUGCAAGUGAUGUGGUUGGUGAUGCUAUGGACCGUGUUCUUGGAGGUGUGGAAAGUAGCGACCAGCGUACCGUUGGUCGGGUUCUCGAACAAGCCGAGGACCGCGAAGAUGUCAACGCCGCACAUGUCGCUGAGAAGGAAAUUCAGGAAGAUGAAGCUGACUUCGAUGAGAAGCCAGCGACGGCAAGUGCAUCCGGAACUUCGAGUACUAGAGUAGGCUCCCCGACGACACGGGAUGGAUCACUCGCGCCGGGUAUCGGGAGGUCAAACCUCGGACUGUACUCCGAGUCGGCAGAUGCACUCGAGGAGAUCGAGAACAAUGCUUGGGGCGAGAGGAUGCGCAAUAUCGAUGAUUACAUGCUUGCGGCUAUGGGCAAGCUACUCGAGGGAACAGCAUUGGAGCUUCCCAAGGACAAAAAGAAGAGUAAGAGCAAAAAAGGCAAGGAUACUCGAAAACGGUGAUGUCAUUUACGCAGCUUUUAUUUCAUACCGGAA